AAAAGGACGUGUUAACGGGAAAAAUCGGUAACGGUACAACGUCGUACGUUUUACGCUCGGUCGCGUCGUGCAGUUUUCUAAUGGAAUACACUGCUACUUCAGCCCAGUGCACAAGUGAAAAAAUAAUUGGAUUUUGUGAUAAAGCUCCAAAGAAAUAAACGAAAUUCAUUUAAAUGAAUGAUUAAAGCAUCGAUUUGUGUAUUGUAAAAGUGUUUCGACCAUUCAGCAGAGUAUUAAAAAGAUGAUUUUAAAAGGCAUAGACGAAGUAACUCUUCAAUCUACCAAAAAUAACAAAAAAAUUACUUAGAUUGUCACUAAUAAAUGGCUUGCAAAGAAAGGCUAUAAUUUCUGUAACGCAAAGUGGAAAUUGUGAAAAUUAUUUGCUAGUGAAAAUAAGAAGAAAAAAAAGUACACGUGCAGAUUUGUUACUGUGAACAUUUGUGAAACAUAAAAUUAGUUAGUGGUAAUAAUACAGAAAUAUGAAAAAAUGGGGCGCAGCACACAAAAAAAUAUUAAAAAUAAAUAGAAAUUAUGAAACAAAUUGAAUGAUAAGAGAAACACAGCAUAGUGCUUAAAAACCCCUGAAAGUAUGCAACGCCAACUGAAACAACAGAACGCGCGUAAGCACUGAUAAGUUCGAAUUUCCGUGAGAAACGCCAGCUAAAAGCAGCACACAGCAACGCCAACUUAAGUCUAGCAGGCAGCUGUGCUUAAGCGCCCACUAGUAUGGCUCACAAGUGUAUUUAUGUAUGUGUGCUGAAAGAAAUGUCAAUAAAACAGCCGUGUGUGAGUGAAAACUAAUAAUAACAAAAGCAAAGCCGGAAUGCAAACAGAAUAAACAAAACAAAAAAAAUUUAGAAAAAAUACUGGAAAAAGCAAACAACAAAAGUAGGCUACCAGGCGAUAAACACAACAAAAGUGAGUUAUUAAAAAUUAUGUAAAAAGCUGCUGGAAACAAAUGCUGCUAAUAAAUGCCAGUGCAACAAAAAAUAGUUAAAGUAAAGAAAAAAUAACCGUUGAAAGUAAAUUCCGCUCUGAAUGAAAGCGCAACAGUGGUAAAAAAUCAGAUUAAUUAAAACGGCGUGUGUAGAGAAAAAAAAAAAAAACGAAAAAUCGCAAAGCAAAUACGCACACAGCAAACAGACGAGAGUGAAAAAGUGAGUCUCCCAGCUCAACUCAACUCAACUCAAUUCAACUCAACUAAUCAAUUGCAAGCAGGCACCACUAAGCGCCAGCAAAGCAAAAAGAUAAACAAAACCUACAUCCACAAUACCGUUGCAGCACUCUGCACCCCUCUCACCCUCUCCACCCCCACAGCUGCCACAGCACACGCACUAGACGCAAUCAAUGCCCACUAGACAAGCACGCCGCUCCAAAGUGCACUCGAAGUCUACACAGCUGCACCGCUAAAGCUCUAUGCUCCACACUCCACUCCGCCCCAGCUGCAGCCGUCAUUUAUUAAACGCAAAAAAGUAAAAAAAAAAAAAUAUUGCAUACUUUUCUGCUUGCACUAUUUAACUACGCGCUCACUCGCCUGACGCUUCCACAAGCAGUAGCGGCAGCUCGACGCUUCAGAGGGAAUAAAACGCGAAACGAUAAUUUCAGAAAAGCCCCUACCAACUUCAGAACCGAGCAGCUUCUUUACAUUUUCGCCGCAUACCACACAAGACAACCUUUUAACGGAAACUGUACAAAAAAGGUGCCAAAAAAUAAAUAAAUAAAAAUUGUUGCUGUUGAAGUAAAUAACUUAAAAGUUAAUAUUUAUAACAACUGCACUAUUAUAAGCGCAAUUCGAAGUUUGGGGUAAACUUCUAAAGCUUCGAAGCAAUCUAAUAGGCUACAACAACAAAUCGCAGUCUGUAAGUGAUGAAGUCAUGAGACCGACAUUUGAUCGACGCCUCUGGAUAUUACUGUACAUUCUACUAAUACAAUGCAUUGUCAUUACAAAUCAGCAGAACAUCAUCAAAUCACAGAAUUUCCACCUACAACCACAGCCGCGCUACAGCGACGCUGGCGUACGCCGGGAGGGUCACACUAUAGCCGCGUUUGCGCCUGCGUCGGCAGCGGCGCCGUCUACAGGUCACAGCAUAUCAACAGCACAUCGCGUGACAAGCAGCGAAAGCGUUGCAUGGAAGUCAAUAGCUGACAAUGAGCUACCAGUGUCGCAGCUAGCUGCCGACGAGCAGCAAAAACAACAAACACAACAAAAAUGUGCCAAAUUUAAUUGUGUAGCCAUCGCAAAGACAAAUGUGGGCGCACACCACUAUGCCUCCACUCUUUCCUCUUCAAACGCUGCGCACUCUCUUGCGGGUGCAGCGCUGAGCAGUCAAGCAACAAAAUCAAAUUACUACAAUUAUAAUAGCCAAAAACAACAUGAACAUCUGCAGCAGCCAUCCCCAUCCGAAAAGCUAUCGGCGCUUGAAACUCCGGCCAACUUACAAGAGCGCCAAGAGAGCAAUUAUAACAAGAGGCCAGCAACGCGUGCGCAAUGGGCGCAGUUGCUGAAGUCACAGUUUAAAGAACACCAGAGAGUGCAUGUGGCACAUAAAAGCCAACACAAGGAGGUGAAGCGGCACCGCGCGCCGGCGUCUGACGAGUUUUGGAGAGCGCAUGAGAGCGCGCAGAAACUUCGGUGGGUACAUGAAACUAGCGCUGCAAUUAAACGUCGCCUACGACGUUCCACCGAUGCCAUAAUAUUGUUGCCUGCGUUGAAUGUGGACGCUGCUGAGCAAGUUGACAGUAUGAGUACAGAAAUACUGAAUGAUGAACGCGUUCACUUGACGCGUCGCUCAAUUAGUGAGAGCAGCAGUGAGAGUGCCGGUGUAGCGACUGCGAGCGCCACAACACAAGUUGAAACGUCAGCGCAAGUCGCCACAUCUUCGGCAUCCACUGACGUCGAUAUCUCUACGUCAGCUGCGGUAGUUUCCUCCGCUUCCUCGCUGUCUACAUCCUCCCUCGAGGACUUUAACUUCUCCUCUCCCGUUGUUGACACGCAACCUAGCGCCAUCUAUCGCAACUCAACAACGAAUCCGCUUGUAGCCGAUGCCGCUCAACCCAUUCAAUAUGUUGCGCUGAAAUCGAAGCGCGCACGCUCGGCUGUUAGCGUUAGUGUGCCUGCCGAGGUGCUUCGUAAGCCGAAAGAACCGAUUAUCAUUAUCGAUGAUGUGGAGGAAUUCGAUAGCGGUACAAAUAGUGAACACGACCUAACCGCUAUGGCCACAGUGGAUGAUAAAAGCGAAGAUUACUCGCACGAUGAGCCAAUUGAGCCGCGCAUGUUGCCGCUCCGUCCAGUGCUGCCCAAUCCGUAUGAGGACGAGGAAAUGUCAGUUGUUUAUGCGGAACAACAUUCCGAGAUACGGCUGAUGUGCGAAGUGGACUUGGAUAUUGCGUCCAGCACGUGGUACAAAAACGGACAGGUGGUACAUGCCAUGGAUCGCACCUCACGCGCCACCGAUUAUCGUUUCAUUAAGGAGCCAAAUGGUGCGCUCACCAUUACAAAUGUCAUGCUCGAGGACGAUGGCAAGUGGCAAUGCGAGGCGGAGAAUUCGCGCAGAUAUACGGAGAAUGCGAGACCCGUCAAAUUGGUAGUAUUAGAUCGCCCGAAGCCACCGUAUUUGUUGAUCGAUUCACGGCGCCUAGAUGCAGGCAACAUUUUUGUACCGGUCAAAGAGAAUUCCGAAUUGAAUUUGGCCUGCGUGAGUGAAGGUGGCAAUCCCAAACCGACACUCACAUGGGAGGUGUUACUCAGUCCGGGCGUGGAUCGACAUGCGCAGAAAGUGUCCGCUGAAGUAUUGGAACUGGAAGAAGUGAAGAACGACAAGGACAAAAACGCAUACAAAAUCAAUGGCGGCGCGAAAAGUGAGGCCCGCUUGCCGGCUGUCUACCGUGCCCAUCACAAUGCUCGCAUUCUGUGCGUUAUGGAGCAUCCGACGUUGAAGAUACGCCAAAAUGCAUCGCUGCUGCUCGAUGUGCAAUAUACACCUUCAUUCGCUAUUUCACGCACACCCGGUUUCGGCUAUCCGCUGCGCGAAGGCAUCGAAGUUUCGCUGAAAUGUGAUGUUGACUCAAAUCCACCGAGCACGCCGCGUUGGCAGAAGGACGAUGGUGACACGCCGGUUCCACAAACGGGCGAUGGUUUUCUGAACUUCACAUCGAUACGUCACGAACACUCCGGCUGGUAUAAAUGCACGUCACGACAUUUGAACUUUCAAUACUCAUCGAUUGGCUAUUAUUUGAGUGUGCGAUAUGAUUCGGUUGACGUCACUUCCGAGCCGGAUGAUCAGGAUAUCUCAGUCGCAGCGGCCUCGCAUAAUCCCAACAAGGGGCAGCUGGAGGUGCAAUUAGGUGGCGCAGUGACGUUACAGUGUCCGCAAGGUUCCUUAGGCUGCUGGUCGCAUUUAGAUCCGGUAACCGCACGCUUACGUGGCUUAGGUCACGGUCUAACCACACCCACCGGUCAAUUUUCACUCAAAGAUGUUGUCUACCACGAUGCGGGCACCUACAAAUGCAUCGGGCAAUCGCCAACGAAUAAGAAGAAGCUAGAGGUGCUGCAGACGGUGGGCGUGACGGUGAAAGGCUCUCCCACCGUUGUGGCACGCAACUCCACACCAGUCGCCUACCCCGGCUCGCCGCUGCAUUUAGCCGUAGAAUUCUGUGCCAAUCCGCCCGCGCAUGCCGCGCGCUGGCUGCACGGUGAUCGUGUCUACACGCCCGGCAAUCAAUAUGGUAGCACUGUGCUGGCUUACGGCGUAACGGACCUGCCCACGCCGUACUGCAAGGAGGCGCGCCUCACCUACGUCAGCAUGCACGAGCGCGUGCCGCGCACUUUCUACUUCAUCGUUUCGUCGCCCGGUGGCGUGGCCGAGGCGACAUUCAAAGUCAACUUUACCAUGCGUUAUCGCGCCGUCUCCAACACGGUGGACGAUGAGGAGGAAGAGCUGAGCGAGCCCGAGGAGAUACACUUCCCGGUGUUCGGUGCAGGUGCGGCGGCGCGUAGUGCGCGUCGGCAGCUUGACAGCGCCGGCGCUUUAACGUGCAUACUCGCGGCAUUUGUGCUGUUGCUGUGCAAUGGGCGCGCUCAUAGCAGGCGUGGCUGGAGUUAGGUGGUGUUUGUAUGUAAUAUUUUUUUUCUCUUUUUUUUUUUUUUCAUUCAUUUCUAACUAACGCAACUUCAAAACUAGCUUGUAACGCCAACUGUAUGUCAAGAGAGAGGGAGAGAGAAAGUAUUAGCGAAUACUAUAAAAUCAAAUUACUACUAACGUCUAACUAUAUAUGCAUACCCAUAUAUAUUUAUACAUAUAUAUGACUAUGAUAGAAUAUCCUAAACCUUACUAUAUAAGCGUAUAUUUGAGCAAAAACGUAAAGAAAACUUGAAAUUUUCCAAAAAGAAUAUGUGUGCUAUCCUAUCCUAAACUAAAAAAAACUACUAUAUAUUGUAUACAUACUGCAUACCCCAACUAUCACAUACAUGCAUGCUUAGUUAACUAAGUAAAUACUUAAGUACAUUAUAUACUAGCAUUGAAC